GAAAAAAAGAAAUAUUUAGAAUAGAGAGAAUUGAAAGCGGGUUGGACUCGUCUCGACAAAUUAGUGCCAUCUCCGUUCUCCAGUUUCCAGUUUCCAGUUUCCGGUUUCCACCGCCUCUUCAAACACAGUUGAGGAUUCUGAUUCCAUGGCCUCUAAAGCUGAAAGUGAAAGUCCAACUGAUACGCCACCAUCACCGCCAAAGAAUGUAUACAAGGAUCCGGAUGAUGGGCGGCAGCGGUUUUUGCUUGAACUGGAAUUUGUUCAAUGCCUUGCUAAUCCUACCUACAUCCACUAUUUGGCUCAGAACCGAUAUUUUGAGGAUGAAGCAUUCAUUGGGUACUUAAAGUAUCUUCAGUACUGGCAACGUCCUGAAUAUAUCAAGUUUAUUAUGUAUCCUCACUGCCUCUAUUUUCUCGAGCUUCUUCAGAAUGCAAAUUUUCGCAAUGCAAUGGCACAUCCUACCAAUAAGGAAUUGGCGCAUAGACAGCAGUUCUAUUUCUGGAAGAACUAUCGGAAUAAUCGGCUAAAACACAUUUUACCAAAACCACUUCCAGAACCUACUGCUGCACUUCCUGCUUCAACUCAACCCCAACCACCUGUGCCUGCACUGCCACCGCCACCACCUGCUACAAAUGUUGCUGCGACAACAUCUUCUACUCAAGCUCCUUCUCCGAUGCCAUAUGGUUCUGUUGCAAAAAAUGACACAAGGAAUCCUACGGUUGAUAGAAGGAAAAGAAAGUGAGUGAUGUAUACUUUCUUCCUUCAUAGCUGGGAGAGUUAUGAUGAUGAUGAUAAGACAAAAGUUUUCAUGAAACAAAGUUUUUUUUUUUGGUACAUUUCAUGAAACAAGGUUAUUCUUGUUAUUACUUUAUCGUAAUUUAUUUUCAGUUGGAUUCCAAUGCCAAAUGAAAUUACAUAUGCAGUCGGUUGAAACUUGUUAUGUUUUGUCGAAAUGAAUUGUAAAAUGAUUUCAAAAAUUUCAAAUUUUCUUUUGAUUGUUUCCUCUGA